AUGAGCAUUCCCGUGGUGGACUUUUGCGCGUGCAGCCUGAGUGAGGAAGAGGUCGCUGGGGAGCAGAUCAUGCGCGAGCUGGGCAAAGAGCUGGAAUCAGCUUUCACUGAAGUUGGAUUCGUGUUUCUGGAGAACACCGGGAUCACCCAGGAGGAGGUGGAUCGCGUCAUGGCCAUAUCCAAGACCUUCUUCCUGCAGCCAGAAGAGGAGAAGCGACCCUUCGGCAGGAAAAGCUUCGCCGUCAAUCCCAACCACGGCUGGGUGCAAAUGGAGAGCGAGAGGUUGAAUCCGGAUCGCCCUGCAGACCUAAAGGAGUCGUUCAACAUUACUUCGAUUCGUCCUGACAUUAAAUGGCCAUCGGGCGCCGCCGAAGGGUUCCAGGAGAUCCAGACAUCUUUCUUCCGGCGCUGCAACGAGCUGAGUCUGCGGGUGCUGAGGGUGAUGGCCCUCAGCCUGGGUCUGGACCCGCAGGUGUUCCUGAGCGCGCACCGCUUUAUAGGAACUGAAGGGAACAACACGACGCUGCGUCCGCUGUACUACCCUCCGGUAAACCACGAGAAGGUGAAGGAGGAGCAGCUGCGGUGUGGGGAGCAUUCGGACUACGGCAGCAUCACGUUGUUGUUCAGCUGCUCCGGGGGUCUGCAGGUGCGGAGCCAUGCAGGUGAAUUCGUCGACGUUCCCUACGUCCCCGGAGCGGUCCUCAUCAACAUCGCCGACCUGAUGCAGCGCUGGACCAGCGACCACUUUGUCUCCGUGGCGCACAGAGUUUUGCUGCCCCCUGCUGGAGACUCCAGCACACGUCAGUCUCUGGCCUUCUUCGUCCAUCCGGACGACGAGGCCCUGAUCACCUGCUGCGACGGCUCCGACAGAUACCCUCCAGUGACCGGAAGAGACUACCUCCUCGAGCGGCUCAAGGGCUUGUAUUGA